AUGGCCGGAGGGGACUUGGCUGCUAGGCAGCUAGUGUUCCUACUUCCAGAAUAUUUAAAAGAUGCCUUGAAGAAGUCGAAGAGCGGGCUCCUGUUUGUAAAGCUGGUCAACCCGCACUCAGCAGAAGGAGCCACUUACUUAAUUGAUGCGUGUCUACAAGCUUGGUUUAUAAAUCAAUCAGUUCAAUCAGGGGGCCUUCUCCACUUUGCCACACCCAUGGACCCUUUAUUUCUGCUCCUUCACUAUCACAUAAAGGCUGGCAAAGAGGGGAAGCAUCAGCCCUUGGAUCAGGUUGUAGUGGAUGACAUGUUUCCAGAUUGCACCUUGCUGCUGAGAUUUCCUGAGCUUGAGAAGUCACUUCGGCAUGUGACAGAGGAAAAAGAAGUGAAGAGCAAGAAGUACUAUAAAUACAGCACGGAGAAGACAUUGAAGUGGCUGGAGAAGAAGGUCAACCAAACCGUGGCAGCACUGAAAGCCAAUAAUGUCAAUGUUGGAGCCCGGGUACAGUCUUCUGCAUAUUUAUCUGCUGUUCAGGUUUCCAGGGACAAGGAAGAAGACUAUGUUAGAUAUGCCCACGGUCUGAUCUCUGAUUACAUCCCUAAAGAAUUAAGUGACGAUUUAUCCAAGUUCUUGAAGCUUCCAGAACCUCCAGCCUCCCUGCAAAACCCUCCCGCAAAGAAACUAAAGUUAUCAGAUGAGCCUGUAGAAGCAGAAGAAGAUUACACUAAGUUUAACACUAAGGACUUGAAAAACGGCAAGAAAAAUAGCAAAAUGACUGCAGCUCAGAAGGCUUUGGCUAAAGUUGACAAGAGCGGAAUGAAAAGUAUUGAUGCUUUUUUUGGUGCAAAAAAUAAAAAAACUGGAAAGAUUUGAAACAUUGAAAAUAAAAUCCAGUGAAACA